GAUACGUUAUUGAUAAGGUAUUGGUGUGUAAAGUAGUAAGCGCGGUAUAAUCACUAUGAGCGGUAUAAAAAAGUAUUUCAAAGAGCAGUGUCAGCUGCGAAUGUGUGGCUUGGAGCAUGCCAACCCGACCGAAUUCUAUCUGAGUGUUUGGCAGACCAACAGAUCAGCUACUCCUUUAUUUAUUUUGCGCCUGAUCUUGUUUCUCGGUUCCCUCGGCAUUGUGUUAGCAUCGUCUAUCUUGUACAUCCAGAGCGGUAUAUACAGGUUCUGGUUUAUCUAUUUGACACAUUGGGGCAUCACCAUCAAUGUUGUGACCACAGGAUUCGCUACGGCAGUAUCGGCGAGAUCUUUCUUCUAUGGACCUAACAGAACCAAACACCAGCUGCCAUGGUACAUGAAAACCUACUGGAUAUUAUACAACAUUGCGGCGCCAUUGGCUUUCCUCAUCACGCUUUUCUACUGGACGGUCUUGUUUGAAGCUGGGGUUCAAGAGGAACUGAACUAUGGGCUCGACAUAGCGGUCCACGGGCUCAAUUCUUUGGUGAUGCUGCUUUUGGUGAUGACGUCAGCUCAGCCCACGAGGCUGCUCCACUUGUACCAGCCCGUCCUCUUCGCACUGCUGUACUUCUUGUUCACGCUCAUCUUCUACUUGGCCGGAGGCGUUGAUAUGCAUCAGAACCCAUUCGUGUACUACGUAUUGGACUGGCGACGUCCAGGGCUGACGAUCGGAGUGGGAGUACUGACGGGAGUCCUGUUGGUUAUCCUGUACUUCCUCACUAUCGGCUUCACCCUUGGCAGGGACGCAAUUGCCAACAAACUCAUCGAGCCGUCGGUUUACGUGAAAGAAGAGGUGCCAUUGAGGCAACCCACUGACAGAACACAAACUAGUGUCUAGUGUUGACCAGCGAAGAGUAGUUUGUACUAACCUGCCAAUGUUCUAUUGGUCAGGAAAUUGUCUGUCAACAUAUCUGGGAUUUUUUUGCCUUACUACACUUUCAAAAGAUUUCAGCUGAGCCGCCAUUGUAGAUAUUUUGAAAAUUCCUUUCAAUUUAUAGUAAGUGUUUGCAGUCUUUUUAAGUUCUGCUUUGUAUGUUUUUAUGUAAGUCAACUAUUUAUUAAAAACCGUUAACUAUUAUAAUGUUCCAGUAUUUUACCUUAGCAAUAAAUUAUAUAGUUAAACAUGAGUA